CCCGGCCCUCUCUCUGUUCUGCUAUGCAUUAGCCAAUACUUCAUUUGCGCCCAUCCCAUCUCCAUCCCUCAAAUUUAAGCAUGAUUGAGAAAAAGCUGGAAUACGAUUUUCUGGAGCUUCAACGGGAAGUAGAAACUAAUGUUCUAUUUCCACAUAAAUAUGAUUUUGGCACUGUGUGUACCUGCGAAGACUGCUUUCAGAAAGUCAAGAUGCUUAAGAAAUUCGAGGAAGAGCUGCAAGCUAAAAGGGAGCUAGUCAGGGUACACAUUUUAGCUACACAACACACACACAGACAAGCACAUAUAUAAAUAGAUCUUGUUCUUCUUCUUCUUUGAUUUACAAACAGGACUGUAUAGAUCUACAGCAGGACAAUUUUGAGCGCUGCUUGCAUCUUGCUAGCGCCUCCCAGUGGGCUAUAAGUAUGUUGUGUUUGCUUCGCAAUAGCCACAAAAUAGUUUCCAAGAAGGGAGGACUAUCAUCUACGCUUGAAAAGGACAAAUUGGAAGAGCAAAUGGAACAUUUAAAUGAUCUGACAGCCAAUUUGCUUUUUGAUCAUUUGAUUAGUAAACCCGUGGUUAUAAGUGAGCGUUGUAAUGAUAAGGAGGAAACUGAUAUCCUUCCUCUUGCAAAGGAGAUCAGAGAUGGGUUUUACAGAUACGGGAUUACCAAAUUUAAGGAAGUCACCAGUCCCAUUCUUAAAGAGCUUGAACAGAUCGAAAAAGAACAUAUGCAGGAAAAGAAAUCUGCUGAAGCACAAAAGAAACAGCUGGACCCUAUAAUUUCCAAGAAACAAAUUGAGAAACAAAUUAUGGUGGUAAAGAUGUUGCCACUUAAUGAAUUGUAUCUUGAAUGUCAAAAGCUGGUUGAUGCAAUUUCCCCCUUUGAUGAGCGCAACACUUGGUUGUCAAAAGCUUAUAAAGACAUUAUAUCCACUCUUUCUGAUAUGAUAAGAGUAAGGUUUGAGUUUUGGCUACGAUAUCAGAGUGCUUCCCUUACUAAAAAGGACCACAUCAUGAGUGGAUUGAAAGAUACACUUGAAUCAUUAUGCAAGAAGGCUGCUUUGUUCAAUGGUCGGUGGGAGGAGGACUAUGCUCCUUACUUUACUGCCUAUGAACGAAAAGAUGCACACCCCAAAAGGCCAAGGAUUCAAUAGGCGGAUGCUGGGAGGAUGUUACUUUUGACAUAUUUAUAUAGGGCGUUGUAUUAUACGGAGUAUAUCUAACGCUUUUUUGUUGAAGAUGAGUGCUUGAUCUUAAUGUAUAUUCUCAAAAUUGGGAUAUUGUAAUGUAUUUAACUACAGUUAGACCGGCUGGCUUAAGAUGGAAUUUCAAAGUUGAUUUAACAAUCGGAUAGUUGUUUUGUUACUGCAGCAUUAUGCUGAUGAUUUAUUAAAGGCAAUGACUUUCUUGAGCUUGUCCAUUGUUA